GAAAGUGCGAGAUGCUUCCUGGCUAUUGUCAGCCUGGUCAUCCAUCAGACAAAGCGACAGAGGAGGCAACUCUAUAAAAGUCCCAUCUUUACAGCAUUUUUGCUCUCUGUUUGUUUUCAGAGGGGGAAAGAAAAGUCAGAGAGAGAGAGAGAGAGAAUAGGUAAUGGUGACAGCAGAAAACUUUUAGACUUGUUAGCUGGGUUUCUCUGUUUAUUUAUCUCUGAAUUUCUUGGAUAAUGGUCAUUCUGAGGAUUGAGCACUGAAGGCAGACCCUUCCCCUCUGGUCCUUCUGCAGGAGGAAGGCCCUCCUCCCGAGCCCCAGACCAGCGAGUGGUCCGUGAUGUUCAACUUGAUGGGAGGUGGGCUGUUGUGUGCAGCCUCUGGCCUGGUCCUCCUCAUCGUUGCCACGGCGACAGACUUCUGGAUGCAGUACCGCUACUCAGGCAACCUCAGCAACCAAGGCCUCUGGCGGUUCUGUGUGGGGAACAAGUGCCACCCCCACACCAUCACACUCGCAUUCUGGGAUGCCACCAGAGCCUUCAUGCUCCUCUCCAUCCUCUCCUCCUUCGCCGGGAUCAUAUUGGGGCUGACCAUCUACUCCAGUAGUGCCCGAUCCACACGCACUCGUUCUGCAGGAAUCACACUCUUGAUCGCAGGACUCUUUGCUUUGCUGGGUAUCUCGGUGUAUACGGGAGUGACAGUGAGUUUCUACGGAAAGCGUUACGCCGAAUGGAGGUUCUCCUGGUCCUACAUUCUGGGAUGGAUCGCUGUCAUCCUCACCAUCUCAGCAGGUGUGUUCCACAUCUGCGCUGUCCCCAGGAACUCAUCUUCUGACGGCUCUGACGUGGCAAGCGGCUGACCCUCUGGGACGCUGGCCCAAUUCCAUCCUGUCCAGAUGUCUGAGAUUAUUCCCGCUUGGGACUCCUGACUUUGUCGCUGCCUCUUCCCUCAUAAGCCCUCCCCAGAUUGUCUUUCUGGAUCUGCACAACAAUUACACAAAAAAUCAAGAAGGUUGCUGUUGAGAUGCUGGGGGAAACCCUAUAGAAAUGGUUCUCCCUGUGACGUUGCCACACUCUCAAGGAGUGGUUGAAGUGUGAUUGAAUUGCACUGCCAUUUUUUUAUUAUUAUUUUUAGGGAGGAACUGGCUUUUCAAUGGCCUUGCCAAGGGACUCCAGCUGAGUCCUCCAUGAGCCAAUCCCUGCAACAGCCCUUGCCAACCCCGCGUCCUCCAGAUGAUCUGUACUGCAACUCCCAUCAGCCCCAGCCAGCACAGCUAUUUUGGACUACACCAUCCAUCAGGCUCAGCCAGCAUGAUGGAAAUUGUAGUCCAAAACAUCUGGAAGGGCACUCAGUUGAGGAAGGCUGAUCCAUACACUUACUACUGCAUUCGCAUUGAGCGCAUUCAUCCCCAGGCCAAUAAGGCUUCAAUCCCAUACCAGUUUAUCUGGCACUAAGCGUCACUGAAUUCAAUGGGACUUACUUGUGAGUAAACAGGAAUAGGCUUCCUCUGCAUCUCUCUCAGGUAAAGCUAUAAUUUGAACUCCCUGUUUUCACCUCUUUUGCACUGGGCAAAACAACUGGGAGGAAGGGUAGAUAAAAACCAUGAUGCUAGGAGAAUAGUGAGUAAAUAAGUAUGGUUCAGCCAUGACGGCAUUCUUGUUAUUGGUGCAGAGCCGCUGUCAUUUCUCUCCCCAGGCCUUUGUCCUGCCUCAGCUCUCUAGUCCAGGUUCAUGACAUUUGUGGCAUAAAUUCACUAGAGGGCAGCAGCUACCAAGCCAGUGGAGGAUUCAGCAAUGUGCAAGCAGCAAACCUCUGGUGUAAUCAAGUGCAUGGGGUGGUCUGCACACCAAACAUUUAAAGCACAUGACCUCCCCCCCCCAUAAUUGUUUGUUAAGGGUGCUGGGCAUUGUAGCUUUCUGCGGAGUAAACUACAGUUCCCAGCAUUCUUUGGGGAAAGCCAUGUCCUUUAAAUGUCUGAUGUGUGCUCAGUCUAUGUCAGUGUGCUUGCUGAUGCUCCCAAGGUGUUCAGCCCGAGGAAAAAGGCUUUUGGAUGCUGGUGUGGAGACAAGGCAAACCUAGCCAGUCUCUCCUGUCAAUUUUGGACAAAACCUGGGCUGCCUCACCAAGGGCCUGUGCAGAGGGCCACGUUGUUUUCCCAAGUCCUUGCAUUGAACAGGAAAAAUAAACACCCAUUUUCUCUCCA